AUGUUUGGAUCAAAACAAAUGAAGCCAUCUAUUCUUCCAGCACAGCACAGAUGCACCGUAAAAGAAACCGAAGACAAUUGUGAAUUUGAAGAAUUUGAAGGGACCCCACUGUAUGCCGCCUUGUUAACAUAUUUAAGUUAUGGAGUUCUCUGUAUAUUUGGAUGGUUAAGAGACUUUUUGAGACAGUCGUACAUCGAGAAAAAGAAAGGCGCUCUUGAUCCAAAUGCAAAACUCAAUUUUGUGCCGUUGUAUCAAAGUUAUGAGUCAUUUUACACGCGUAACAUGUACACAAGAGUGCGUGAUAUUUUCAAUAGACCAGUUGGCAGUGUGGCUUCUAGCGAAUUUGAUUUAGUCGAACGUAUUUCAGAUGAUUAUAACUGGACGUACAGAUAUACUGGAAAUACGAUUCGUGCAAUUAAUUUUGGCUCAUACAAUUACCUAGGAUUUGCAGAAAAAGACGGACAAUGCGCAAUGGCUGCAAUUAAUUCAAUUAAGAGUAAUGGUACUGCAUUAUGUAGUACAAGAUCUGAAUUGGGUACACAACGUUAUCAUAAUGAAUUGGAAACUUUAUUAGCAGAAUAUUUGAGAGUUGAAAGUUGUAUAGCAUUCGGAAUGGGUUUUGCCACAAAUGCGUUGAAUAUUCCAGCUAUAGCAUCAAAAGGCGAUCUAAUACUCUCGGAUAAAUUAAAUCAUGUUUCACUUAUACUAGGUGUUAGAAUGUCUGGAGCAAAAAGUCAAACGUUUGCUCAUAACGAUAUGGAUGAUUUAGAACAAAAAUUACACAAUGCAAUUGUUUAUGGACAACCUGGACAUCAUCGUCCUUGGAGAAAGAUAUUUAUUAUUGUCGAGGGUAUUUAUUCAAUGGAAGGAUCAAUUUGUCGUUUGCCGCUAUUAGUACAAUUGAAGAAAAAAUAUAAGGCUUAUUUGUAUUUGGAUGAGGCUCAUUCAAUUGGUUCCAUGGGAAAAAAUGGUAGAGGAAUUGUUGAUUAUUACAAUAUGGAUCCGAAUGAUAUUGAUAUAUUAAUGGGAACGUUUACAAAAAGUUUUGGAAGUUCUGGUGGCUACAUUGCCGGAAAGAAGGAUUUAAUUGAUCACCUACGUAUUCAUUCUCAUGCGAAUUAUUAUGCAUCAAGUAUGAGCGCUCCAGUUGUAUAUCAAAUAUUAUCAUCAUUGCAUAUUCUAAUGGGUCGGGACGGAACAAAAGAUGGCAUGAGAAGAAUACAGCAGCUGGCUGAUAAUACUAGAUAUUUUAGAAAAAAACUUGUUGAUAUGGGUUUUAUUGUUUAUGGAAAUAAAAAUUCUCCGAUAGUGCCGAUGAUGAUUUAUAUGCCAGCUCGUGUGACUCGAUUCAAUAGAGAAAUGCUUGCACGAGGAAUCGCUGUUGUCACGGUCGGAUUUCCAGCCACAAAGUUAGUAGAAGCACGCGUACGAUUCUGUAUAUCGGCGUCUCAUACAAGAGAAAUGUUAGAUAAAGCUUUAUCUGCUAUUGAUGAAGUGGGUGAUACUAUCUCUUUAAGAUAUUCGAAACGUUAUGAACACCGUCGUUUGAAAGAUUUAAAAUAA